AUGCCCUUCAAAUAUGAAUCUGUUUAUCAUCUUGCUUUGUGUUCAUAUUUACUCUGCACGUGUUUAAAUGAGGUUUUUCUCUGUGUUUUUCUUUUGUCAGAUAAAGAUGAGCCCAGCAGCUACACCUGCACCACGUGCAAACAGCCCUUCACCAGUGCCUGGUUCCUGCUUCAGCAUGCUCAGAACACCCACGGUUUCCGCAUCUAUCUUGAGAGUGAACCUGGCAGCCCUCUGACCCCCCGUGUGGCUGCAGCUCCUGGGAUGGGGGGUGACUGUGCCUCCUCUCAGCCUCCCCUGCACGCCGUCCACUUGGCUGAAGGCAGCCCCUACAGCCUCCUGAGGAUGCCUGGUUCUGGGUCUGGUCGGGAUUCGGCGUCUACGCCUCGUGAGGGCCGUUACCCCCGAACGCCCCCACUGUUCAGCCCACCACCACGUCACCACCUCAGCCCRGAUGACCUUGCCUUGGCAACCCACCACCCUAGCGCCUUUGACAGAGUGAUGAGGCUAAACUCAGUGCCAUUAGAAGCCCCUCAGAGCAUGGACUUUUCUAGACGUCUCCGUGAGCUGGCCGGCAAUGCCACUGGAGGUUCUCCACCUCUUUCCCCUAACAGACCCAACCCUAUGCAACGGCUGCUGCAACCAUUCCAGCCAGGUUCCAAACCCCCAUUCACAGCCACGCCUCCCCUCUCCACCUCUCAGUCCCCUUCUGGCUCCCGCUCUACCCCUAAUCUUGCAUCCAAUUCAGUCCAGCCAGGCACCCCUCUCAAGGCAAAGUCUUGUGAGUUCUGCGGAAAGACCUUCAAGUUUCAYAGUAACCUUAUUGUGCACCGGCGAAGCCACACAGGGGAAAAGCCAUUCAAGUGUCACCUUUGUAACCACGCCUGCACGCAAGCGAGCAAACUAAAACGCCACAUGAAGACACACUGUCAGAACAAGUCCUCUGCCAUCAACACCAAGUCAGACGAUGGCCUCUCGACGGCGAGCUCUCCUGAACCUGGUACCAGCGAGGUGAUGGGCAGUGCCACAGAUGCUCUCAAGUCAGUGGUGGCCAAGUUCAAGAGUGAGAACAAUGGUCUGGGGCCUGAAAACGAGGAUGAAGAGGAAGAUGAGGAUGAGGAAGAAGAGGAGGAAGAGGAUGAAGAGGAGGAGGAGGAGGACGAGGAYGAAGGYGAAGAGGAYGAAGUUGAAAYUAAGCCUGGAGUUGAAGAAGAGGGAAGGAAUGACUAUCGUUUCAGCCUGAGGCUCGAAGGAGCCCGUCAUCACCAGAACAGUGAGGCUCUACAUCCACAUCGCCGYAGCUUGUCCCGGGAGCCCGCUGAUGAAGACGCAAUUGUAAAGAUGGAUCAUAUGGAUGAUGGCACCACUACUACCAUCAAUGGCCUGGGACCUCUAACUAAUGACAGCCUGACCAGGAAGCUGCUGUGUGGUGGUAUUAGUCCCGGCCCCAUCAGCCCCUUAUCCAAACGGAUCAAGGUGGAAAAAGACCUCGACCCACCCACGCCUACUAUCCCAAACACCGAGAACGUUUAUUCUCAGUGGUUAGCUGGCUACGCCGCCUCUCGGCAACUCAAAGACCCCUUCAUCAGCUUCACAGGUGGGGACUCUAGACAAUCACCCUUCACCUCCUCAUCGGAGCACUCAUCAGAAAACGGCAGCUUGCGCUUCUCCACUCCACCCGGUGAGCUAGACGGUGAACGGGCUGCCUCAGGACGCAGCGGCACGGGCAGCGGGGCCAGCACUCCCCACGGCGGCAGCGGGAACGGCAGACCYAGCUCCAAGGACGGCCGCCGCAGCGACACCUGUGAAUUUUGCGGCAAAGUGUUCAAGAACUGCAGUAACUUGACUGUGCACCGACGCAGUCACACGGGAGAACGGCCAUACAAAUGCGAACUGUGCAGCUACGCGUGUGCCCAGAGCUCAAAACUCACCCGCCACAUGAAGACCCAUGGACAGAUGGGCAAGGACGUGUACAAAUGUGAAAUUUGCCACAUGCCUUUCAGUGUGUACAGCACUCUAGAGAAACACAUGAAGAAAUGGCACAGUGACCGCCCUCUGGCUAAUGACAUUAAAACUGAAUAGGCAAAGAGCCGUUCUCUUUCAGCUCCCCCGGCUAAAGUGCAACCCUUGCUAACUGGCCAACGAGCAUGGGGAAAGACAACAGGGUUAGACACCAGAACGCAGUGCAGCCCUGCUUUCAUCCUCUUUUGGAGAAAGCUUGAUGCAUGAUCCACGAUUGGGGCAAUACUAUUGCAUCAGAACUUUUUGAGCCUUUCUAUUGUGCAAUAAUUUACACAUUUUGUAUUUUUUGUAACUGGACAGCAUGCUUGGUGUGUUUUGGCUACUUAGAGAGAAAAAAAUGUCCUUGGCUAGUGGGUUUGGUUGUACAUGUGUCGCUGUUGAUACUUUCAAUUUUGUCAACAUAAAAAAAGACUAGUUUAACCCAAGCUGCAUACAGUACAUACUGUUUUACAUAUCAUGUGCAGUUUUGUGUUCAAACACAGAAGACGGUGUCAUAUUUUCAAAACAUCAAGACAAGCAGGGUCAAACAUAAAACCGAUCUUUGUGAAAGAAUUUCCAUGCAACAUCGAGAAAAGAUUUAUAUCUAUAUGUAUACUGUAUAUAAAAUUGGGCUGCCUAUAAAAUUUUAGGCACGAACGCCAUUAAAUAUUUCUUUUUCGAACAUCAUUGAAAUUAAUAACGUGGUGUGAAARGACAACAAAGAGUGCCUUGGAUAGUUUACUUGCAUUAGUUAAUCCUCCUUUUUGCUAUAAGCUCGGAGUUUCAGCUAUAAAUGAAUACAUUUUUGUGCACAUGUGGAAGAGGCAGGUCCUUGCAUCAAGCACCUGCUUGACCCUGUAAGACUUAAUAGAAUAAGGGGAACCAGCUGAAACAAACAAACAAAAAAAAAAACAAUGUGUAUUUCUGGUAAAACAUUAAUCUGGCUGACUCAUGUAUAUUGACGUUUUCAUGAUUACAGUUUUGUUUACCGGCAUGUUACAUGCCCAAAUGGGGUCGGACUUCGAGGUGUAGGUGUUACUGUUUGUUUUCGGUACAACUGAAAGGGUACUCUGACAAGCUGUUUUAACAAACAUAAAGCUCUUAAUUUUUCGAACUGUUUAUUUUCUUUUGAAAUUAAAAGUGCAAGCAUUAUUUUGCAGGCAGCACCGAAUCAUUAAAUUCUUCUGUGUUAGCCAGGCAGGCAGUAAUUCCAGCAGUCACUUGAAGACAAAGUAAAAUUUUGUUUUUGCAAYUCAGGUUUGGGUUUCGGCGUGUUGAGCAUUAGGGAGGGUGAGGGUCAUGGUAGUGAGUGGGCCGAGUAGCUGUCUUAACAAUUCAAAAGUUCUUAGAGCGAUAAUUCUUUUUACCUCAAUAUGUUUUUGAAUUUGGAACAUAUUUUAUUAACUCGAGGUGGGAAUGAUCUAAAUCCAAUUAUAGAAUAAACAGUUUCUAAAUUCUGCAAAUUACUCAUUACAGGUUUUAUGAAUAAAAAUGUUUUUUUUUCUUACUCUAGAAUUUGUUCUUUUAUUUUUCUAUCUCCACCCCCCAUCACUGAUAAUGAUAUAGCACUUGUCACUCUGCCUUGGAUCCUGUAUCUGUCUCUGUAAUCGGAGGUACAGUUGGUUGAGUAUAAAAUGAUGACCAGAUUUUAGAUCUGGCACUACCUACAUGCACUGUUCAAUUUUCCCAGUUUACAGUUGGGCGCUCAAGGGAAAACUUGCUCUUAUGCUGACAGAUAAGCUUGGUGUCAUUGCUUUGCAUUAAAAAAAAGUGUUGAUUUAGAAACUUUUUGCCAGCCAUGUUUCCUUCAAUGAGCUAAAAAUGAGUUUGGCUCUUGGAGGUGGUGUUGCAGGAAUCGCCAUAGAAACGUCCUGUUUCACACCCACUUUAGAACUACACAAUUAAAUUCUACAAAUUUGAAAUAAAAUAAAUAAAAUGUC